GCAGGCUUUAUAUAAUGUUUCCACAAAGGCUUUUGUCGACGAAAGACAUCUUAAAACUACAUUUCCCAUGAUAACUAUGCGAUAACCAACUCAGGGUCAAAGUGCGAUAAAAAGUCAGAAUCGUUUGCUCCUUCGGUUAGUAUGUCAACAGUAUUUCCCAGAUUUGAGCAUGGCUUCAGACGGGUUAGGAGUGCCAUCAUUUCCAACAGCGGACCCGAGAGAUGAUGGGACCCACCUGACAGACACACCCAGUCCAGAGGCAGGGGUUCCCGCUGACCCUCACUCUGGCAAAGACACCCUAAAAGCCCCAGCAGAGUCAGCAGAACAGGCUGGAGUCAACAUUUGCCAAUUUUUCCUGAAGGGAAAGUGUCAUUUUGGCCACAGAUGUCGUUUCUCUCACAGUAACACAUCAAUAGCUGAUUCAGGGGCUGUCUCAUCUGACCAGAGUGACAAACAAGAUGGAGAAAAGAUGGAAAAACACAAGAACAAAGUGAACAAAGCAACAAAGCCAAAAUAUGAGGCAAAAGAGGUGAACAAAAAGCCUCGCAUGCGCACAGCAGAUGACGUUAUCUCUCGGAUCCUGUGGGACCCAUCUGCGGAUGGAUCAGAAUUUGUAGUGGGCUAUGUGGAUCGCUUCCUUGGUGUGCUGGAGCGUCCCUUCAAUGACUUCAACUGGGACACUGACCCCUGCGACUGUGAUUACUCUUCUGAGCUGGCCCUGCCCAGACACAGGAUCCAGUACUUCACUUACAGAGGGCACCGCGUCUGGGACCGCCACAGCAGGACUGACAGGGUGUUUGGCUCCACAGGUCAAUCUCUGGCUCCCCCCUUUGGAGAGGAGGAGGAAGUAAAGGAAAUUAACACAGAAGGCCAAGACAGACUUAUAACAACAGAAGAUCAGCCACCUGCUGUCCGUGGGCAGGAAGAGAGUGAAACAGAUGAGUGUACUCCUACUAAGAACACACAUCUGGAGGAAGAGAAGCAGAGUGAGAUGACUACUCGCACCCCUGACUCAACACAACCUGCUCCAAAGUGUCAAGGAAACACUUAUCUGGAACAACUGGAAUCACAAGAAACAUGUGUUUUGGAGGAGGCUGCAAUGAGACCUACGGCUUCAACAAACCAAAUGUCCUUAUCCCAAAAAGAGGGAACAAGCAUAAAAAAGGAGGGUGCGGAAGAGACUGAAUGGCAAGAAAGCUGGGAAAAUAAUGAAGAUGCUUCGAGUUACCUCGGAGCCAUGAACAUCAGCCAGAAUCCAUCAACACCUCUGGAGCAGAGAGAGGAGAAGCGUGGUGUUGGUCGCCCCCCUAAAAAACGACCCACGCACUUCAUCACCUUCAAGGCCAACACUCCUGCUAUCCUCUCCUGUUUCCAGCAGCUGAAGGAGGAGCUCACCUCCCUUCUGCCCUCCUCUGCCCCUCACUGGCAGAUCGCCCCCAGCCUCCAUGUCACCAUGUGCCUCCUGAAUUUGCCCGGCCCAGCUGAGGUAGCCGCUGCUGGGGAGAUCCUGCGACGGUUUGCCCAUUUGGAUCGUAACCCUCCGGUGUCUCUGACCUUCCCUGUGAGGCUGAAACAUUUCAAUGGGAAGGUGCUGUUCCUGAGCCCCCAGCCACAGCUUCACCUGCAGCAGCUCAACAGUGGCCUGCUGGAGGCCUACAGGGAGGAGGGCUUUCUCCACAAGGACUCCUACAAUCCGCGCUACCACCUCACACUGGCCAAGGUAGAGGGCAUUGAGGGAGACAGGAUUUUUGAAGGGGUGGGGGACCUAAAGGUGGGCAAGGGUUUAAAUUUUGGCCGUCUGCCAGUAAACACCUUACACCUUUGUGCCAUGGGAGUUUCCAAAGUAGAUGGUUUUUAUCAGACCGUGUGCACAGUAACUCUUCGAUAAUAGAAGAGUGGGCCAUUUCACAUGCACACACUACAGUACAUAUAAGGAAGUUAAUACAAUGGGAGCAAUACCUCUGAGAUUUGCACUAGCCAUGUGGCCUCAUCAACCAAAUCUGAUGUCUGUUUUUAACUUACUUCAGAUAAGAUGCACUUUUAAAGAUAACUGGGUUAUAUAAAGGCCUAAAGGGAGUCAAAUUAACUUAGCACAUCAACAAACACUAUGUUUAAUUAUAGUAAAACCGUAUUAAGAUGCAAAGUCCACUACACUUAAAUUAUAACAUGAUUAAAAAUGCAUUUAUUUUCCUUAAUGAAUGCAAUUUAAUCUGUUAAGGACAUACAUUAUAUGUCCUAUUGAUAUUUCAAGAUGAGAAAUUAAUGUACACACAGAAUAAUAAUACAGGGGAUUUAUAAUGCAAGCUGAUAUAAUACACCCAGAGCUUGCUCAAAGCACACUUUGCCUGCCUGAACAGAAGAAUAUAAAGACUAAAAACAGAUAUGCAUCUUUUCAUAUUCAUUGUACUUUGUGUCUGUUUUUCAUGUUACAAUGCAAAGUUUUAUCAGUCUUUUUAUUUGUUGGCUUUAGUUGAUCAAAAUUAUACUAUUACACUAUUAAGCCCACAAGUGCCAAAUAAAACAUCUUUCAACAUUAGAACUAAAAUGAUAAGUCAAUUAAUCGAUCAGUGGAUUAAUAGAAAAUUACUUGGCAACCAUUUUGAUUUAUUUAAUUGAAGUCAAGCAAAAUGCCCAAAAUGCCCUAGUUCUAGCUUCUCUAUUCUCCACUGACAUGCUGAUGCCGCUGUACUUGACCUGAUGUUGUAGUAACAUGAACAUUUUUGUUUGACUGUUGGUUACUAAACAGACAAUUGGAAGACAUCACCUUUUCUUUACAAUUUUCUAAAAUUGUAUUGAUCAAAAUUAAUCAUUUCAUUGAGAGACUAAUCAGAUUAAUUGCUAUAAACAAUAAUAACAUUAGUUGCAGCCGUAGUCAAAAUGGAACCCACAGUAUGAAUCAUGAAGAACUGUACUGUACAUAGUUCAUAGUCAAAUCUGCCUUCAGGCCAUGAAGGGGACAAAUGGAAAUAGUUGCGAAGGGUUUUUAAUUAGCUUUGAGUCAUUAAACUCACAGGAUGCAGAGUAGAAUAGGUACCAAAACAUAACACGACUUAAGUCGAAAGCAGUUUUCUUCAAAUUCUCGCUUUGCUUUGAUAUUGACUGUUUUAACACUACAUAGACAGGACAUAUGCACCUGCCAUAAAGGCUUAUGUUAUGUAUGAGGCAUAAAUAGUUUAUGAGGGGAAAAUCUGAUGUUUUCUUUACUGAAAUGAAUUAACCAAAGUAGUUUUACUCUGCAACCUGUAAUAUAUAUUUGUGAAUAUUGUAUGGAUGGUGUUCUACAAGAACGAUGACUUUGUACGCCUUUUACAAUGAAUUAUAACCACUUGAUUGUGACAUUAAAGGACAUUAAAUAUUGAAUUGGUUAUUUUAAA